AUGGGGUAUUAUCCUGAUGUGCCCUGCUGCAUGCUAUUCCUCUCCCCUUUCCUCGCCGGUCGAACGCUAUUGGGGGUUUUUGAAAGGUUCAUAAACUCUGCUUAUAUUUUGCUAACAGGUCAAUGGUACAAGAAAAGUGAACAGUUUAUGCGAUCUUUCAUUUGGUUUGGUUUCCAAGGUUUAGGCGUUGGCAUAGUUUAUGAUCUUUUUGAAAACGAUGCCUACCGUGUGGCUUCUUGAAGGCUCCUCUAUAUCAUGACCGAAACAUCACAAUAGCUUUGGGCAUUAUGUCAAUCAUUCAAAUUCCUGACAUACCAGUUAAAGCGUGGUUUUUGAGUGAGGACGAAAAGAAGUACUGUGUUGAAAGAAUAAGAAACCACCAACAGGGCCGUGUUAAUAAACAUUUCGAAGUUAGUCAGAUGCGUGAAACUUCAGGAACUUGA